CACGCUCUCUACUUCGUCCUGAACGUUAUAUCACAGGACAUACAAUGGCAACGUCUGCUCCUCGUCUCAAACCACCCUUCCGUGCUGAGCACACUGGCUCCUUCAAACGACCCGCUGACCUUCUACGGCAACGCGAGUUAUUCAGCCAAGGCAAAUGCACGCUCGAGGAGCUGCGUUCUGUCGAAGACCAUGCCAUCAAGGAAGCUAUACAGCUGCAGCGAGCUGCAGGUAUGAAAGCCAUCAAUGAUGGUGAACUCAGAAGGUAUCUUUUCUUUGAGGGUCUAUUUGAUAAACUGGAGGGCAUGAAAUACUUCCCGAAUGUGCCGUCUGAAUGGUUUGUGGAUGAAGUUCCAAGUGCACAGCUGUUCAAAGGUGAGAAUCACUCGGCCCCGCCGACGUAUCUCUGCGUGUCCAAGCUGAGACGCGUCAAGCCAUGCUACCUUGACGAGUUUGAGGCGCUCAAGAAGAUGACGACGCCAGAGGAGCACAAGUACUUGAAGAUCACUAUGCCGUCUCCGGAAUUCUACCAUUUCCGUCACGGAAUGUUCGCAUUUCCCAAGUCGGUGUACCAGAAUGACGAGGAGUACUUCACGGACCUCGUCAAAAUCUACCGGGCUGAAUUGGGCGACCUCUAUGCUGCGGGCUGCAGAAACGUCCAGAUUGACUUUCCUCAGCUCUCGUUCUUCUGCAAUGAGAACGUUUUGGCUGCAAUGGAGAAGCGGGGCAUAGACCAUGCCGCGCUACUCGAUCUGUACUUGAAGGCACUGGGUGCGUGCAUCGAGGGACGUCCUGAUGACAUGACCGUUGGCAUACAUGUAUGCAGGGGCAAUUGGCACAUAAACGUAGAGCCUUGGAUCGAGGGUGGGUAUGACCGUAUAGCCGAGAAACUGUUCCGCGAGGUCCCCGCGGAUACGUAUUACGUCGAAUAUGAUAACGAGCGCUCCGGGUCGUUCGAGCCGCUGCGCUGGCUUCCACGCAACAAGUCCGUCGUGCUAGGAAUUGUGACCACUAAGUCGACUGAGCUGGAACCGAAAGAAGAACUUAUCCGCCGGGUUCAUGAGGCGGCUGCGAUAAUCGCAAAUGGAGACGAAAAACGCACAAUGGACGAAGCCCUGAAUCAGAUUUGCAUUAGUCCUCAAUGCGGUUUUGGAUCGUUUACGGAGGGGUUUUCGUUCAUGACUCAGGAAGACGUUGCCAAGAAGCUCAAGCUCGUGGUGGAGACAGCAAAGGAAAUUUGGCCUGAUGCCUGAAAUGUGCAUGGUUCGUCUCAUCCCGAAUGUUGUGUAAUGGCCAGUCCGUGCCUGAGCCUGUACCAUAAGUCUGCCAGAUAUCAUGCGCACAGAGCAUUUGUAUGCUAUUGAUGUUGUAGGAAUCGAGCC